AUGAGAGUUGAAAUCGUCACAAUCGCCCUUGCCGAAGCCGCCAACCGAGGAUACGUCAUUCCCCCAGCAAACCAAGUCAAUCUCCGCGGCCGUUGCGCCUUUGGCCGUCCCUGUGACAACCACAAACUUUCCUACGGCUGCGAAAUCUUCUCCAACGACGCCGAAACUGAUGCACCAAAGGGCGUCUGCUGGAGCGAGUGCACUGGCUACCUUCCCCGAUCAAAUGGCGAAGGCGCGUUCAUGUACGAAGGAUGGUGCUACAACUUGAAUUCGAAGCACUCGAUGGCAGCUGAACUUAGCGGCAAGAAAAACCGACAUCGACGGGCGAGAAUGAGCGAGGAGGAAAUGAUUGCGAUGGAAGAGGCGAAGGUCGAAGCGCAGGAGGAAGAUAUUGCCUUGGAGGAGUACAAUGGCAUGAUUUCAGAGUUCGACUCUGGAUUCCUGAUCGACCGACCGUUGGAACUUUACGAAACGUGUUCGCAAGAUUCCGACUGUGCGGAAAUCGCAAAAAUGUGCGCGAUUGGAUGCUCGAAUCAAGUUGAAUACAACGAGCAAUAG